CAAAACCCUUGCCAGUUAUCAACAUCAAAAUCUCAGAAUCAAAAUGCCUCCUCCUCAAGCUCUCUCCUUUCUAUCACCUCUUCUUCUUAUUUCUCCACCUUCUCAUUCCCUCUCCUCAAGGACUGCAAUUCCUAUAUUCUCCCUUCCCAUAUUGCCCGUACCCAGUUCCAGAAAUCCCUUCCCUGCCCUCUUCUGCACCUCUCCAAAAUCCACGCAGCAACAGCAAGAAGAAGAAGCUCUUCUCCAAUUCGUGGCGGAGUCUAAAUUGAAGACCCUCCCUUGUGUCAGGACCUUCGAGAACGACUUGGCUCGGCUCAGCUUAGUAGGUGCCGUUGGCUUCGAGCAGGCUCUCACUGCAGCUGCAGCCGAUGGAGGCCGGGCCGCAGCUGAGCACAUUGAUUCCGGCCAACCCACUAUGGUCGUUGAGACGAUUUUCCCUGGCCCCGAGGAUGAGCACGCUACUAUCUCUACUCGAUUGUUUUUACCUGCUGAGAAAGUUAAAGAAAAAGCGGGCAAGCUCAGAAGGUCUUACACCGAAGAUAUUUUUUCAGGGGCUACAUCUCAAAACAUACUUGCCAUGACAUUUAGACAAGUGGUUUUGCAAGAGUUGUGGAAUUUUGAGCUUGUUGUGUUAAGGCCUGGCACAGAAAGAAACAUGGAGGAUCUUCAAAAUCCAAGAGAGCAGGUUCCUGCAUCUUUAUUUCUCAGGUCAUCAAACAAAGAGGUUAUCUCUGUUCUUGCGGAAGCUGUUUGCAUAGCUGCUCUUCAAAACACUGAAAGGCAUUAUCUUGAUGAUUUUUUGGGGAAAGCUUCUAGUGGGAUCUUCCGCUGGUUUCAGAAGCCCGAGAGAAUUGUGUCUAAAGAUUCUGCUGUUGUCAUUUAUAAAUUAUUUGAAGAUGAAAUAGUAGAAAAUGCCAAGAGUUUGCUGGAAAAUUUUAAGUCAACCAAGAAAAAUUUUAGGAGGAUAAAAAUGAGAAACAAGUACAGUUGGUGGACACUAGUGGCACACUCUAAGUUGGAAAAAAUUGGUGGGCCUAACUUCAGUGCAUGGACAAGCGAGUAUGUACCAGCUUAUAGACUGCAAAUUGAUGCUGAUAAAGUAAGGGAUGUAAAACUUGAAGGAUGGAGAAGCUCUGCAGAGAAUAGGUGGGAAGUUCUUUUGACCCAUUCCCAAAUGACUGGACUGGCUGAAGUAUUAGAUAUGUAUUAUGAAGACAUCUACACGUUGCCUGAUAAAGAGCUAUCAUGUCAUGCCAUUACAAGUUUUACCAACUUUUCCAAUAAAAAGAGGAGGUCUUCUUUGUUAAACAUCUUGUCAGUUAGCCUUGCUAGUGGAAUAUUUCUUAUUGCCAUCAGUGCUCUCAGGCAGUUUUGUUUUCCUCAUAUGCGCAAAGGAGAAAUGUAUGCUCAAGAACAUAGGUCUCUUCCAUCAUCUGAAAUUAAGUUUGCGGUAAAUGAAUCUCUGGAUCCUGAAAAGUUACAAGAAAUAUGCAUUCUGAUCAUCAAAAAGAUUAAGGAUGGAUUUGGAUGGCCUGACAAUAUAACCACAGAAACAGACAGUGGUGCUUGGAUUGGAGAUGUUCCAAAAUACUUGAAAGUUAUGGGCAGAUCUGAAUCCAAUAGGGAAGACAGUUCAACUUGUGCUCCUGAACUGAAAAUUGAUGAAGAUAUGAAAUCAUCUGCACAGGAUGUUGCUAGUUAUCAGGUUGUUUGUUCAACCGAUGGUAAAAUAGUUGGGUUCCAGCCUACAAGUCGGGUAGGCGUGAAUCAUUGGGCUGCCAAUCCCUUAGCAAGGGAGCUGUAUGGUGGACGAAGGCUGUCCCCUGGCUUUGUUGAACGUGGCCACAAGAUCCACCUUCCAAAUGAAAUUGUUGUGAUAGAGCUGUUGAUGUCAGUCAAUUCGGAUGCCUACUUUGCAUUGGCAAGGCCAGCUCGCUGACCAUUACCUGAUGCAUGUGAAUAUCACAUGUGCAGCUUUUGGACACUUGGUAUAGAAGAGAAGGGAAAUUUAAAUUGCUAGAUCAGAUACUUGUGUGAAACUGUAUAAAUUGCAUUGAUCACAACUGAUAAGCCCCAAUAUUUCAGUCUUUGGUCUAUUAUCCUUAUUCCAAAAGUUUGAAGGCACUGCUGGAGCAAUCAAAUCCAAAUACAGGUGAUAAAAACUUAGAUGCAUUUUGAUUUUUGACUGGGUAGCUGCAAGUGGUUUGAAUUUAUCUUAUCUUUUUUUUUUCCCUUGAAGAUUUAUGUCAUACAUCUAUGUAAUCUAUCAAAUUUUAUGUAAGAUAUGAAAUUCAUUUUUGAGAGAUUGCCACAUUAAAACACAAUGAUGAAGAAUUAUUUUUUUUCUUCACUCAUUCAAUCUCUAAAUACUAAAUACUAUCUUUAAAAUUGUUGUCGAAUAGCCUUAUGAUCUGGUAUAUCGACAAAACAAUUUUGAGCAAACCUGCAACUAAAAUUAGGAGUCGUACAAGAACCAAACGUGAGCCCCAAAGAAGUAGCGUUGCAAACAAAAACUGAUAUUUUUAGUAGCAAACCUUGAACAACCAUUUGGUAAUUCGGCAUCUGCCAAGAUGUAAAGUGUGAACAAUCAAAGGUCAGAAGAUAACCUUAUAAAGAAAAAAUUGUCGUUAGGUUAAGCGGAUUUUUUUUUUGUCAAGAGAUUGAAAUUUGUUAUAUAAAUAUUAGGGUUAAAGUCCAUUACAACCUAUAAGCUCUAAACAACCGCUAGAAUAUGGUAAUAUGAGGAAAAAGGCUCAAACCCCAGAAAAUUUCAGCCCACAUAAGGAAGCUCAGUAAAAUAUUUGCACUUGUAUAUAACUAAGCUGUCAGCACCGAGUCACAGUAAUAACUGCGAAGUGUUCUUAUGGCGGACUCCCAAAACCCCAAUAUCCCUCAAAACAAACCUCCUCCUCCUAAAAUUCCUUCCGAAAUCACAAAUGGUAGCCCCAACACCAAAGCUAACGCCAAAGUCUCGGGCCAGAAGGUCCACUACCCCAACCCGCCAGACGCGGCAAACCCGGACCCCGCAACACUGAGGGAGCAGUGGAGAUUUGCAAUCCGGCAGUACAGCAAAUGGUACUCCCACGCUUGGGGCACAGCAAUUCUCGCGGGUCUCUCUUUCUUCGCUUUGGGUUGGAUUAUCAAGGGUUCUAAUCCUCUUCCCUCUUUCAAGAGAGACGAUUCUUCUUCUGCCCCUUCAUCUCCUAAUGAUGCCAGCGAAGCUCGCCGGUGAAACAUGCCAUAAGAAAAAUGAAGACGAAGGCACAGCAUCAGCAGAUCAGCAGGUCAACAGAUCAAUUUUCUCCUGGUUUUGAUGUACAAUAUCAUAAAAUUUGAGUCUCAUGUUGUUGGGGUCUGGAGUAAUAUCAUCCUUACUUUUUUGUAUGUUCAAAAUAUGCAUGUUAGCGUGCAUGAUUCUCUCUCAGAACAAGUGUUGUAGGGAACGCUUGGAAAGUCUAAAAAUGAAGAAGUUUAAUUUAAUUAAAUUUUUA